CAACCGUCAAUAAACCGAAGAAGAAGAAGAAGAAGAAGAAACGAAUCUCGUUCUGCCUGCAUUCUGUAGUUGUCAUUAUGACGUACUGACAUGGCGAGUAGCUAUGUUAGAAGGGAGGUAUUUGAUCCGUUGAACAUUCUUUGUAUUUCGUGUCGUUUGUAAUAGAGUAAUGGCGUAUAUUUUCAACUCGUUCUAAAAAGAAUCGAAGUCUCCACAGACUGUUUUCUUGUUUCGGAAGCGCCAUCCUGUGGCUCAGUCUCAAAUGUGUCGUUACUUUCUACUCUAUAGGAGACCUAAUAAUGGAUCCGACACCCUAUGUAGUGCACUACAGUACACACGUGUAGCCGUUUGGGAUUCGGCUUUAGGUUGAGUUUCUUCAGCUGUUACCAAAGCUCAACGCUGUUUAUACCCAAACCGGUAUUUCUACGUUUUUAGACUACUGCCAUCAAGCAGCAGUUAGCUAGCUAGCAUCAUGUUUGUUUCGGCAUUCUGUGCGCUUUUGUGCGGGGCUUCUCUGGCUGUAAUGCUUUUCAUUUUGCGUUUAAUCACUGUUUUGCGGGCUGGUGCGGAGUGCAAACCUGCUAAACAGGGCUCGGUGUGUGUUCUUAUUGUUGUCGGAUCAGGUGGACACACGACAGAGAUCAUUCGUCUGACGGGGAGUUUGUCGCAAACUUACACCCCACGCCAUUAUGUGAUCGCAGACACUGACAAGAUGAGUGAAGAUAAGAUUCGCACAUUUGAAGCAUCAAAAGAGAAAAGCGGCACUCAAGCACAGUUCACCAUUCAUCGGAUCCCGCGCAGUCGAGAAGUUCGUCAGUCAUGGAGCUCCUCUGUGCUCAGUACUCUGAACGCUCUGCUCUACUCGCUUCCUCUUGUCUUCAGACUCAGGCCUGAUAUGGUGCUGUGUAAUGGGCCUGGGACAUGCAUACCUCUUUGUGCAGCUGGGUUGCUGUUAGGGAUCCUGGGGCUCAAGAGGGUUUUGCUGGUGUAUGUGGAGAGUAUUUGCCGUGUGGAGAGCCUCUCCCUGUCUGGAAAGAUCCUUUACCACUUGGCUGACUACUUCUUUGUGCAGUGGAAGCCUCUGCAAAACAAAUAUCCCAAAUCAAUCUACAUUGGGAGGAUAGUAUGAAUGAAAACUUGACUCGACAGAACAUUAUCAUUUUGUAAACAAUAUGGUACAGUGACCUUUGUUAGGUCCGAUGUAUGUACUUUUCAGUGGGUUUUAUUUUUUUAAAAACAUAUUUUUUUAUAUCGACUGUGUGGUUAAUUAUGGACGCUGUUACUGGAAUGCACCAUUUUAUGUCACAUAAGCUGUAAGGAAUAACAUGCACUAUGAUUUUUGCACUGUAUGUCCUCAUGCCCUUGUGGUUGCUUAAGUGUCAUUGAAAGUCUUCACUCAUUAGAGGGCCUGCGUUCAGUCUUUUCCUUUUUUUUCUUAAAUGAAACCGAGACCAGAUUUGAUAUAAAGAAGACGGGCUGCUCAGUGCUGCAAAACCAAACACCACACCAUGUCAGUGUCUACAUGUGAAAACAGCCACAUUUUUAUAUAGUUCAGUUAAUGGUUCCACCUGAAUGAGAGGACCGUAUCAGUCAUCCAGGUACUUGAGGAUUUUUUUUGUUGUUGUUUUUUUUUAAAUAGAUGCGGUAGUGUUUUCCUUUGCCUUUGUGUAUAGUGAUCACAUUAAGAAUCCUAGAGUUGCAUUGUAAAGUUCCUGUCCUUAGUGCUGCUACUGCCAUAGACACUGCUGUGGGGCAAAGGAAGUGACAUGAAUAAUUGAGGUGUGGUUGCCCCCCCAUAAAAAAUAGGGGGAAGCGAGACAGUGCUCAAAUUCUGCUAACAAUGUUUCCAUUUGUAGCCCUAAUCUCAGAACACUAGUAUUAUAAAUGUGCUCAUGCUAUUUUUGGGAGCACCAAUAUAAAUAUUGUAAAAUUAUAACUGUACUUGCUACGAUAAUUGUCUGAUUGCCUUUUCCCUCAGCUUGCUCUGGACAUGACCGGGACGUCCCUGAACAGCAUGAGUUAAAAAAGUUACAACUAAAUUAUGUGGUGUUUCAGAGAUCAGACAUGCGCACUUGACUGGUUACGUAGGCCAUGAAAGGUUUUAACCAUGUCAGAUCAUGUAAAAUCUUUUCAGAUAUGAAAAGAUUUGCACACAUUUGGGAUUGUGAUUAGAAGAUAAGUACAUUCUUGUAAGAUGCAGAGAACUGAGUGUUUGUUACUUCUCCUACAGCAGGGUGGCUGUUAUCAUUGGCAGCUGGCUGCGGUGAUUAAGUCAAUCACAGAAGGAUGAGUAGACUGAAACUCAGUGAUCCAACUCAGACAUGUCUAGAUUGUGGGUGAUGAACAGAAAGUAGUUUUGUAUGUAUAUUAAAAGUAUUAUCACCUGAGGGAUCAAUUUUUGCAUACUUUCAAUCAGUGUACUAGUAGAAAAGAAUGACUGGGCACCUGGGUUUCAACACAGUCAUUUAUUUAUUACGGCUCUGAAAAUUAGUAUCUUCUAUGUUAAAGCUGGUCACUAAUGGUGUUUGUUUUUUUGUUUGUUUGUUUUUUUUGUUUUUUUAAAUAUAUAAAACUUUUCUAUCCAGUGGUUCAAUUACUGUGCUAUUUGAGAUAUGCAAUGUCUCAUGUUGCAAGCUAUACGGAGGCAGUGACAACACAAAAUUAAAUUUGCCAACAGUCAUUUGAACUCUGUGACUGUUUAAUAGAAAGUGUUAAAUCUAAGUCUUUAAAAUUGAAAGAGAUUAAAAUAGCACACUAGAUUUUAAAAGCAGGUUAUCCAAAGACACAAAAAAAUGUAGAAAUCUAACCUGCAGUGAGAGAUGCCUAAAAAUUUAUUGUUUUCCAGCAACUAGUUCUGUGCUGAUUUGAAUGUACAGUAGUCUAGGUCUUGGGCACCUGUUUAAUAUUAUAUCUUUGUCUUCUUUAUUGUGUUUGUCUAUCUGGAUUCUUUACUGAAAGACUAAAUAUUAAAUAAAAUAUUUUGUAUGUCAUUCAUGAAAGGUAA